AUGUUGCCUCGAUCACCUUGGUUCACGAUACUCUUUCUUCUCCUAGUCAGCAGCUGUUGUUGCUUCCUUCCUUAUGCAAGUGCAGAAGAAGGAACUUGCAGUGCCGCUGACGACGAAUGCAAUGCCGCUGCUCAUCAAAGAACCACGCAGCAAGAACAACAAGAACAACAACAAGAAAAGCAAGAAACCUAUACCCACAAAUUUCCAAUGAAGUUUGUCAACAAGAGCCAAUAUCGAGCGGACGUUCACUGGGAUGAUGGAAAGUACGGGGUUCACAUGGCCAUUCUAGAACCAAAUGGCGGAGAAAGCAGUUUGGAGACCUACCAGGGACAUUCCUUUUUCAUUACCCGUCACGGCGUCAAGGAAGGUUUGUUUGAUUUGGAAACGGACGAACAACACCGGGUGACUGUCAAAAGACCCAAUGAGACGUAUGAAAUUCCAGAAAACGCGGCUCCUUCUACCAAUCCCUGCCAAGAUCGCUUUAGCAUUUGCAAAUCCGAAGCCGCACGAGGAACAUGUUCGUGGAGUCCGGGAUGGAUGAUUGUCCACUGCUGCAAAUCCUGUGACGAAGAAUUGAAUGCUUCGGAACUAAUUGAUCCCAACGUUCGAUGUACCAAGGAACGAUUGAACAUGACGGAACCGGCCUGGCAACCAGGAGAUUUGAACAAACUCUUUGAAUCGUGGGCUGCCAAGGACUCGGACUUUGCCCAGUACGACCCGCAAGUCUUGUCGAGUCCAGGAGCUGAAUUUGGAGGAAUUGAUGGUCCAUGGGUCGUGACCUUUGAUAAUUUCUUUAGUGAAGAUGAAGCCAAUGCACUGAUUCAAGGUGGUGCCAAGGUUGGAUUUGAACGAAGUACCGAUCAAGGAAAGAUGAAUUCCUUGGGAGAACGAGAAAAGGUCGUAUCGACCACCCGGACUAGUUCCAAUGCCUGGUGCAUUGGGGCAUGCGAAAGGAUUCCUCAAGUCUCCCGCGUGAGUCACCGCAUUGAAGAAGUCACAAAAGUACCAAAAAAGAAUUAUGAGAGUUUUCAGAUUUUGGAGUACGAUUACAAUCAAUUCUAUCGAAGUCAUCACGACAGUUCGGGAUCCGAAAAGGGAUUGUCGGGACACCGAAUCUUGACAUUCUUUCUCUAUCUCACAGAUGUGGAAGAAGGAGGAGAAACAAAAUUCAACAAGCUGGGGAUUCAAGUCAAGCCAAAACGAGGAAGAGCAUUGGUGUGGCCAUCGGUCAAGAAUGAAGAUCCCAGCACGUGGGAUCCACGUACCUUUCACGAAGCCAUGCCCGUCAUUAAAGGCAAAAAGUACGCGGCCAAUCAUUGGAUUCAUUUGAAUGACUAUGAGGGUCCCAAUAAGUGGGGAUGCACUGGAUCCUUUUCGUAA